AUGUGUGGAAUCUGGGCAACAUUUGGAAUAGACGGUGGUCUUUCUCCGGUAUGCAUCAAAUGUUUCGCGGCUAUUUUACACCGCGGUCCCGACGCUUGGAGAAUUGAACAGGAUUCCAGGGAGCAAUUGGCUAUCCUUGGAUUUCAAAGGCUGGCAAUUGUCGAUGGCCUUCAUGGAAUGCAGCCUAUGCGCCUCCAUCUCUACCCCCGCAUCACUCUUAUCUGCAACGGAGAAAUAUACAACUGCAACAGGCUCCGCGACGAAUUUAAAUUCACGUACGAAACCAACUGCGACGUAGAAGCGAUUAUCCACUGUUACAAAAACUUUGGAAUCGCUGAAACAGUCCGUAAAUUAGAUGGAGUGUUCGCAUUUUGUCUAGUCGAUGGUGACGCCAGAAAAGUCUUCAUUGCGAGGGAUCCCUACGGAGUUCGCCCUCUGUUUAAACUUAGCGACGAAAAGAACGGCGUACUAGGAGUAUGUUCAGAGGGCAAAGGCUUAAUGGGCUUAAAAGAAAAAGCUUCCGAAGUUGCAACACUUGGACAAUUUCCACCGGGACAUUUUGAAGAGUACGAUAUAGCAGAUAACAACAAAGUAACAUUAAACAAAACUGAACAAUAUUUUAAACCUGGAUCACCGCCUAGAUUUACACCUUUUGUUCCCAUAACUGAUCUCGAAGAACUUGAUAUGUACGGAAAAACCGCUGCACUAUUAGAAGCAGCAUGCAAAAAGCGUUUAAUGUCUGACAGGCGAAUAGGCUGUAUGUUAAGUGGAGGUUUGGACUCGUCACUCAUAACUGCUUUAGUUGUCAAGCUUGCUAAAGAACAGAACCUUCCAUACAAGAUACAGACAUUUGCAAUAGGUAUGGGAGAUUCUCCUGAUCUUAUCGCCGCACGAACAGUUGCUGAUUAUCUGGGAACAGAACAUCACGAAAUAAUUUUCGAUGAAAAUGAUGUCAGACAAGCAUUAGAUAACGUAAUUUAUCAUCUGGAAUCCUAUGACAUCACUACCGUUCGAGCCAGCUUGCCUAUGUAUCUUCUAUCAAAAUAUAUUAAAGAAAAUACUGAUACCACCGUAAUAUUCAGCGGCGAAGGCGCCGAUGAAUUAGCCCAAGGCUACAUUUACUUCAGGGACGCUCCAUCAGCUAAAGAUGGCCAUGAAGAAAGUAUAAGAUUGCUUUCAGACAUUUAUUUAUAUGAUGGCUUGCGAGCAGAUCGAACAACGAGUGCUUGGAGCCUGGAACUUCGUGUGCCAUUUUUAGAUAUACAGUUUACUAGUCAUUAUCUAAGUCUAGAUCAAAACUUAAGACAACCACAAGAUGGCGUUGAAAAGUAUCUUUUAAGAAAUAGCUUUUCUAAGAGUGGUUUAUUGCCGGAUUCAAUUUUAUGGAGACAUAAAGAGGCUUUUAGUGAUGGUGUGGCGUCGGUAAAGAAGUCUUUAUUUACAACAAUAUCAGAGAUUGUUACGGAACGGCUGCCAUCAGAGGGACAUAAAUACAAAGGUGUACAGCCCACAACGCAAGAAUCUAAAUAUUAUAGGUACAUUUUCGAAAAGUCCUUCUCUGGACAAGAUAACUUUACACCAUAUUACUGGAUGCCGAAGUGGGUUUCAGUUUCUGAUCCAUCGGCGAGAUUUAUAAAACAUUAUGCUGCAAAGUAA